AUGGCCCACGAGCUUCCUCGUCCCAAGUGGGUGCUGGCCCGCCACGGCGAAGAGGCGUGCAAGGCGUGCCUCGUGCUCCUACGUCGGCGCCAAGACGUGGCCGCCGAACUCGACGAGCUCCAGGCCAAGCAAGUGCACAAGUACAGCGGCGCCAACGGCGUCUAUAAGGCGUUCAUGAGCACGCUUCUUGUGAGCAUCUCGGCGUUUUCGUCCUUGCCGCUGUACGUGGACACGGCCCGCGUCUUUACGGGCCUCGCCCGGCCGCUAAUGCUGACCAACUGCCUCGGCACGGAGCUCCUCUUUGCGAGUCUCUCGUUCUUUUACAUUGAGAAGCUGAAGCACAAGCUACUGCUGCUUGUGACGCUGGUCGGCGUUGGCGCGGCGCUUCUCGGUGCCCACGAUCGGUUCCAGAUCUGUGGCGUCCAAGACCAGACCGCGCUCCAGGCGCUGCUGAUCACGCUGUUUGCCGUCAAGGGCGCGGGCCUCCCGGCGACGCUGUGGGCCGCGGUCGUUGGUCUCUUUCGCGUGCACGGGCGGUCCAUUGCGGCGCCGCUCUUCUUUGUGAUUGUUUUGGUGUCCAAGCGGCGGCCACCUCGAAGGAAGCGUUUUGGAUGUUUGGGCUCGUGCGGCCUUGGUGUCCUCGGGACGGCCGGCCUCGCCCGUCGCGCGAACGGCCUUAAGCGCAAGAUGGCGGCCGAGACGCCGCUGCGGCCGCACAACUCGAAUCUGAGGCUUUUCACGCCCAACGUCCAAGCGCAUCACGGGCAAUCGGGCGCUAUCACCACGCAAGGCCAGUAG